AUGCUGCGCCAAUUUGGAUUAGUUAUCGUCGUCGCUUCGUUUUUUUCUACCGGGAGUGCCCAAAAUCGCCCGGUGACCCUCGGUGACAUUUUGACAGUUUUUCGGUAUCAAAAUUCGGCCUGCACAGGAGAUAAUGGAGACGAGGGAGUUUGCAUGAGUUACGCAGAGUGCGUCAGAAGAGACGGUGCGACUAUUGGAUCGUGUGCCAGGGGAUUUAGCUCGUGCUGCUUGUUUAAAUUCACGUGCGGAGGAGUCACUAAGCAGAACGAAACCGUUUUCGUUAAUCCCAAUUAUCCGAGCGUCGAGAAUGGAACGGACACGUGUCAAGUGACCAUCGAGAAGUUGGAAAACAUCUGUCAAGUCAGACUGGAUCUGAUCGAGUUCAACCUGUCCCAACCGGAUGAAAAUGGACAAUGCACUACAGAUUCUUUUAUGGUUCGUACCACUGUCGGAGCCAGACUGCCCAUCAUGUGUGGAGUCAACAAGGGACAACACCUGUACGUGGAUAUGGGUAGAGGUUCCGGAAAUCCAGUAGUCCUCAGUGUUGUUAGCAAUGGAGAUAAGAUGUCACGAAUGUGGAAAAUCAAAAUAACCAUGAUCGAAUGCGGAAGUUUAGACAUGGCUCCUUCGGGAUGCCUUCAGUACUAUCGUAGUCCCAGCGAAUUGGUACGCAGCUUUAAUUAUGGAACUUUACAGAGAAACAAAGUGAGGUACCUGAGUAACUUGAGAUACACGGUUUGCGUCAGAGUAGAAGAGAAUUUCUGCUCCAUAAAAUGGGAAACGGAAUCACCUGGUUCGUUUUCGUGGGGUCAGCCAUUCGACGGGGGUUACAGCGGAACAGUGUGCAACGAAGAUGACUUCAUAGGUAUAGAUCAAGGUUCAAUCAGUGGAUACGGAUCGGGAGAAGACAGAUUCUGUGGCACCAGAUUGCUCACAACUAAUUCCGUUUUGUCUCGUAGCAAACCGUUCAUGCUGAAAGUCAGAAGCAAUAACAAUGCAAGAUUAAAUGCCAAUCACUCGCAAUAUGGAUUCUCUUUAAGAUACGUUCAGUUACCUUGUAUGAUCUAAUUUAAAUAUCGUGUGUUUUAGGACUGUUCAUCGAGACGGAAGAAGAAGAAAAUUAGUCACUUCACUACAAUCAUCAUCUACUUUAUUUAUUUAUCAAAGUAUUCAUUUAUAUUUAUUUCACAUUUUGUAUUAUUUAUAUAAUAAUAUAGAGGAAGACAGCAUAUUUUUUUCUCUCUCUCUCUCUCUCUGCGAAUUAAGAGA